GCCGUCCUCCUACUUCCCCUCCUCCUUCCGUCGAGUAACCAUCAAAAGACCGGGCUCUCGAAUAAUCGUUAAAUCAGAGUUGAAAAGCAAAAACAGAAUCACGAAAAACAGCAAUGGCAUACCAAACAUCCGCAACCCCAGCGCCGGUCUACGACCCACACGCGGCGCCCGCAACUGCAGCUUACCAACACCCGGGUGUCGGGCAGCAGCAAUACCCAGUUCAGGAGGGGGUCGCGGGCUCGCCGCCAUACUACCAGGGUGAGCAGCAGAAGCAACAGUACUACGCCGCCGCACAGCACCAGUACCCGCAACAACAGGCGAUCCCGAUGCAGCAGCCGAUGGCGGGUGGAGGUGGACAACAGUUUUUGCAAGCGACACCGAUUCCCGCGCUAACCAGGGGCUCCGCGCCCGUAGAUUGUCCGAUAUGUGGACAGCGAAAGUUGACGAGCGUCUCCUAUGAGGUUGGGUCUACUACUCAUCUGUGGGCGGUCGUGGCUUGUCUCGUGGCGUGUUUGGGGUGUAUCCCAUACCUUAUGACGAGUCUGAAGGACGUGCAGCAUCGUUGCGGACAAUGCGGGACUCUCCUUGCUGUCUGGCACAGGAGUGGUGGAGCAGAGGUGCUUGUUCAUCCGCAAGGUUAAACUCGGAAGAACUGGAGGAGGGGAAAAGGCAUUUUUUGUUAUCGUCCACAAUCACCAUUCAUAAUCGUAUUCUACACCUUCUUGUUUUCUACCCUCU